AUGUACGGUGAAAAGUCAAGUGUUCGUUCUGCAGUGAAGCCACGCGAUUGGUGGAACUAUUUCACACUUUUGCUGAAGGAGUUUUGUCGUGAGAGCUCCAUCCAUGGCUUAAAAUACAUCGUUGGAUCCAACAGGGCUCUCAUAGAGAAAAUAUGGUGGCUCGUCGUGUCCUGUCUGUCCUUGUACGGCUGUGGGAAUCUCAUCCACAACAUUUUCAACAAGUGGCAGCAAGAUCCGGUGAUUGUCAGCUUCGCCACCAAGCAGGUGCCGAUCUACAAGAUUCCGUUCCCAUCGGUGACAAAUUACACAAUUCAACGCUGUGGUUGCGUUAAGUACUCGAUGCCACGACCUCCGGAUGUGAGAAUAUGUGGUCUGACCAAGGUAAACUGCUACAAAAGAGCUGCAACGGAAAUGCUCAUGUCCAGAGCGAAAAUGAUCAAGCUGGAGAAAACUCACUACAAGGACUCGUGCGAUUGCCUAGCCUCGUGUACUACAGUGCGCUAUCACAUCGAGCUGUCGCAGUCGAAUUUCAACUGGAAACAACUGCUUCCGGUUGCCAAAGAGUUUGGAAAAUCACUGGAUGGGGUUCAGAUUUCCAGCCUGGUGAUCAUGUUCAGGACGGAAGGAUUCAUUCCGGUGGUCCGAAGGGAGCUGUAUGGAACCACUGAUCUGUUGGCGAAUGCUGGGGGGUUGUUGGGACUGUUCAUGGGAAUCAGCAUUUUGAGCUUGGUUGAGAUUCUGUACUUUUGCUCAAUCAAACCCUUGCUAAUGUGGUGGAGAGGUGAUAUCGGGGUUAAGCAAGUGAGUCCCGUAAUAUCCUACACAAAUCAAGAAGGAUUCGCCGAAAGGGAUAAGUUCAAAUCGUACAACAUGGACAAGUUCUAUGUAAAGUAGGAGUCGAUGUUGUACGG